AUGGCUUCGACCUACGCCGUCCCUCCUGCUUCGCUCCAUGACGGGCAGGUGAACGAACCCCGCAACCCCUCUCCACCGACGGGCGCUCAGCGCCGACUAACUGCCAGUUCGUUUGACCCGAACCAUCUUUCGCCCUCAUCGCAGUUCCAGAGCAGCUCGGUUUCGCCCUCCUUCAACGAUACCCCAGCUGAAUCCAUCUCAACAUUCAGCCAGUAUCAUAGCGAUUACAGUGAUAUCGAUGACUCGCUCGACCCCUUCUUUGGUGUGGACUUCAGCGCAACAGAGCCUGGUACACCUUCGUUUUUGGGCCCUCAGUCCGGGGCCGAGAGCUUUGGUCAAAUUGCGACAAACGAAGGCUCAAGGACUCGCAACGGGACUCUAGAUGCCCACUCGUAUCCCUUCACACCCGAGCAAACAGCCUCACUUCACACAACCUCGCCGGGAAGCGACCGGAGGACAAUCGCCAAGCCCGUAGUCAACCGCUUGCCUACCUCUAUCUCGCCCCAUGAAUUGCAAAAGCCGUUCGCACCUCCGCCUAUUGUCACCCAUGCCGUACCUACUGCUCCCGCCCCUCAGCCGACGCCCGAUCCAAGCGGCAGCGGCCGGUCCAGUGAGGACGGGGCCGUGCCAUCGCCUGCCAUGAGAGCAGCCCAGAGCCCCCGAGUCACCGUUUCGAUGUGGGGUAGAGAUAAUGCUGAGCCUAUCCAGUCGAUUGAACGCACCUUUACGCCGGAUGACGAGGACUCGUCGACGGCGCAGGGAGGAGGCGUUGGCUCUGCAGGUGACUUGAUUUCUUCGCAAGACCAACCCCCCUUCAUGUCGCCCUCGCGACGCUCAUCAUUCGGCCGCCGUGGGUUGGAUCCAGACCACAGACCCUCGAUCGAAGUUGCGAGUGUUAACGAGAUGUUGACGCGCCGUGAGAUCGAGGAAAAGAACCUCGAAGUCGACCAAUGGCUGAAUGGUUCUAUUUCAGCGCCGCCUCAGCAAGACACCAACCUGCAGACUAGUCCCGAGUUUGUAGCUGGAGAUGACCAGAUCCACAUGGGCGACCAAACCGAAAAUCGCUAUCAACCUGGGCAAACUUACUUCGUGCCUGGGAUCGGUGAAAUGACAGCUACAGACUUGCACAUUAUGCACUCGAACCGAGUCUGGGGCGACGCUGCAAUGAUCCACCCAAUCAGUGGACCAAACGCAGACAGAUAUCAGCCAGAGUCUUCAAAUGCCGCCAUCGCUCGCUUCAACAGGAUGUGCAUGGAUAAUGCGUCCAUCAUCUCCAAAGCGGCCACGUGGGGUACACGUCGGCGGAACUCUCUGCCAAGUCUCCACGACGCGGACAUCGAAAACGUCACCAGCGGCAAUAUACUAAAGAAACUAUCCAUCAGCAGGGGCGAAGGUGGCCGGAGACCGAGCAUCCUGAAAGAGCUGCGCGGCAUCGUCCGCAGACCCAGUGCCACUUUUAAACGCUCUAGAAGCAUUCACGAGGAGGAUCCUGUCAAGUCCGAAGCCUCGCCUCCUGAAAAGCGUGAUAGCCUGCCCAACCUCCUGCAGGCUCGCACUGGCAGCUGGGGCACAAAGAAAACGCCUACUCCUAGUAUCAACACUGCUCUGGUGUCUAUGGGUACCGGUAUUGGUUCCAUUGGAACAACUCAUGCCCGAACCGGCUCUAUCAGUGCCACCCCCAUUACAUCACCCAAGAGCCCUUUUGGUGGCUUACAAGUCAAGAACACACUUCGUAGACCGAGGAGCAAAUCUGACCUUCCGAAGGCCAGCAGCACCGAGACCCAUCCUACUCUUGUCAACAUGUGGAAGAAGACCGGCGGGCCACCUGUAGCUGCUCUCGCCAAGACAUCUUCCACAAACCUAGAUUUGGAUGAUGAUGACGAUGAGGAUGAUGGCUUUGAGGAGGGUGAGAUCAAUUCCGAGUCCAGCAAAUUGAUUGAUAACAUCACGCCCAACUUUGCCGGUUUCCAACGACAUAUCAUCUGCCUGAACCCCGAUCUGGAGAACAUGAACAACUUCUUAGUUGAUCGGAUAGCUCACCAGCAGCUUGUACGGUACAAAAGCCUUCUCAACACCAAGGUAAAGCACCUUGGCCUCGGAGCAGCCUGCAGUAGCGGGUCUCUAUGCCAAGCUCGCGGUGGUCGUGCCGUCUUGCUCGACCAGAAGGGAGAUCUUCGUGAACUAGACCCCCUGUCCACUGGGCUCGAUUCAGGAGACGGCGACUCGACACCCAUUGAGGGUGCUAUUACAAAAGACAGCUUCCCUCAAGACAUUCCUAUGCCGCCUACGCAGUCGCUGCCGGCCGAGUUUGAGUGCCAGCUUUGCUUCGCGCUCAAAAAGCCCAAGAAACCCUCCGACUGGACCAAGCACGUUCAUGAGGAUGUGCAGCCAUUCACUUGUACAUGGGACAGAUGCCGUGAUCCGAAGAUCUUCAAACGCAAGGCUGACUGGGUGCGUCAUGAAAACGAAGGCCACCGCCAUUUAGAAUGGUGGACGUGUGAUGUUGAGGACUGCCGGCAUACCUGUUACCGUCGGGACAACUUCCUUCAGCACCUGGUUCGUGAGCACAAGUUCAUUGAGCCGAAGAAUAAAACGAAGGCGGCCAUCAAGAAAGCUGGCGGUGUAGAUCCCACGUGGCACAAGGUAGAGCUGUGUCGCCACGAAACUACAAAGAGGCCACAAGAAGAGCCAUGCCGAUUCUGUGGCAAGCAGUUCCCGUCUUGGAAGAAACUCACGGUCCACCUGGCCAAACAUAUGGAGCACAUCAGCUUGCCUAUUCUUCGCCUGGUCGCGGCCAAGGAGCUGGAACCGGACACCCUUAUCAGCCCCGUGCCAGAUCCGCCACCAAGGUCCCUAUUUAACGUACCGGAACCCACGAGCGCGGGCUCCGUUGUGAAGAGUGAGAUGUCUCAGGUUCCGAACUAUACGCACCCUUCGUACCAGCCUCACACGAUGAUGCCAAACAACAAUGGAGUAUUUCAAAGCAUGGAUCAGUUUGGGUUCUCAGCUAGUGGCGCUGGUAACUCCCAGUUCCCGGAUUACAUGUAUGGCCCACAGUACUCGAACAAUGCUCAGUCGAUAGGACAGAACAUGCUGGGACUGCAACCCCUUAACCGUGGAACUCAAGGGUUCAACCAGCAAUAUGACAACGCCAACAAUAUGGCCAUGGCUGGCGGCCCUUACAUGGGAACCCAGCAACAGUACAUGUCAAUGGCGCCAGAGACGGAGCCUUUCCCAGCCAUGGACCAGAAUGCUCUUGGUUUGCACCAACCCACCCAGUUGGGGCCUCAUAUGAGCUACGACGGACUCAUGACGCAGAACAAUAACCCUCAGGGGCCCAUCUCGCCAUACUCAAAUUCUCCUCUCCAAGGUGCCUCGGGCUUCUAUCACCCUCCUCAGUAA